CAACGGUUUGGGCUGUAAAAACGCUGUGCUGCGGGCCUAUACCGAACACGACAGCCGUUCAGCGCCGCCACCACAGCGCUGCGACCGCUGUGACUACGCACUGGCCUCGACGCCGCCGCGUACGCCGCUGCGCCGUCGCAAACUUAUAAAACGCGGCUCCUAGCAAACUGUCUGCCGACGCGCAGAGCACGCCGCUGCGUUCCAGAGCCCUGCGCUGAACCGCCGCGUGUUUCCUUGCUGCAACAGGCGCUUCCGGACCCAACCUUGCGUCCGGCACCGCUUCCGCGCUACCGCUCCGCCGAGCCGAGCCGAGCCGUUGGCCCGCAUUCUUGCUGUUGCAAGAUGGUUGACGGGGUUAUCUUCAACAAGAAGAACACGGAACACACUGCCGAGGUCGAGCGCUGCGUAAAAGCCGCGAAGGCGCAGACGCCGCCCAUCACCGAUUCUGCAGCGCUGAAAGCUUAUGUGCUGAAACACUCGACCUUCAAGUUCCGAACCGACGGCUCCAACAAAGAAAAGGUGGGCCGCUACGUCCGCGACAACUUCUGCACGGCGGCGGACAUCGCGCCGCCGCAACCCGUAUCGUGGCACAAGGACAAAACGCCGGCCUCGCCGCUCGACGAUCUGAUUCUGCCCGUGCUGCUCGUCGGCACGUUGAUUGUGAUCGCGUACUACAGCUGCAUGCGGCAAAGCGUGUGUUACGCCUCCAAGUUGCGCGACCGCGGCCCGAUCGGCUUCGCGCCGGCGGCGAUGGAGGGCAAGACGGACAAAGAGAAAGAUAAAGCCGCGAAGGACGCGGCGCUCUUCGAAACGUUAGUCGCCAUGCUCAUGCACCCGGACCACGAGGGCCAGGAGACGCUCAUCAAGGACAAAAAACUGAGGAAGCGCGUCAUGAAGGAGGUUAACAAGCGCCUCGCGGCCAAGGGCGUCGUGGCGCCGAUCAAGGGCGGCGCGAAGAAGCGCAUCGGCCCCGGCAUGAAGCUGUCGGGCGACGGGAAGACCAUUCUCGUGCCGUGGUACAAGGACGGCGUCCUCCAGCCCGAGGCCAAGUUCCCGUACGACACCGCGGGCCGGAUCGCCGCCGCCCAGUUCGUCCUCGAGAGAUGCGGCCACGCCGUGCGGCUCGCGCAGCUCAAGGAGAACCGCGAGGCCUUCGACAAGGGCGUCCCUCUCCACCUCCUCCCCCACAAGAUCGGCCAGGCCGCCGUUGACGCGCGGGAGGGCAAGGCCCUCACGCUGCCGUUGUGGUUAGUGGAGUCGUCGGACGAGUCGUCGGACGAGUCGUCGGACGAGGAUAUGCUCGGCGCGCCCGACGACGCCGAUGAAGAGGAGCGCGGCGCGCGGCCGCGGCGACGCGCGCGCGUCAAACCCGCGGACGGCACGGACGUGAGCGACGACGACGAGGCGGCCGCGCGGCAGAAGAAGCGCGCGCGCGGCGCCGCGGCCGCGGCGGUUGUGAGCCGCGAACGGGUCGGCGAGUGGUUGCGGAUCGCGCGGCGGCGACGCGCCGCCGCCGCGGACAGCUCCGACUCGGACGACGACUCGGACGAGGGCUCGGCCCAGUCGCGCGACGCCCGCGCCGCGGACGACGCGUCGCUGCUGCGGCGCGUCGUGGACGACGGCGAACUGCCGCUGUCGCUGCGCGAGCUCCCGAGCUGGAGACGCGGCGGCGCCGCUUCUGAUGAAGAUGACGAUAGCGACGACGACUGGGCGGCGUCUUUGGGUCCGCCGCUGGUCUUCCAUGCCGCCUACGUGGCGUUGGUCCGGGCCGUCGAUUCCAGGAGCCGACGGGACGACGUGCCCGGCGAGUACUGCAGAGCUACGCGCGACGCCGCGCCCGUAUGCAAGACGUUGGAGCGUAUCCAUGUCGAUACCCUGCGCACCCACGACAUCACGUUUGCGAGGAACUGGCAGUUCUUCUGGCCGUGCAACACGUCGCAGUUGUUGGGCAUGGCCCACGCCGACGAGCGUCUUUACGGCUACUGGCAGGAAGCGCUGAGGCUCCCGCGGGAGCAGUGGCUCGACCACAUUAAUCUACGCUUCUGGGGCGACCGCGCGCUUGCGUGCCGGGUACUCCGGCGAGAGUACGGCAUCGCCGAGGACGUGGAGCUGCCCGACGACCUCUUCGACGACCUGCGCGGGCUGUGGGUCGUCGCCGCGAUGUACAAUGCCGUGGAACUUCCGUUCUGCGCGCUCGUACUCCGGCCGGCCUCGCUAGACUGCCGCUGGUUUUCUCACGGCGCCGUCAUUGACCCGUAUGAGGUCAAGCGCUACUACGGUCACAAGCGCUUCAAAGUCGUCACUGAAUCCGUCGCCCACGCCGAGGGCAUCCGGAAGGUUAUGGAACAGGCGGGCGUCUUAGGUCUCUAA